CGGUUUUUAAAAUACAGGGAAAAAAUUCAGUAUAAAUAUCUGGCGGAGGCAAGUUUGUGUAACAUUCAGGAUUUGCUUUAUUGAAAGACGGUUCUAGACGCGGUCAAAAAUGAAGUGGGCAUUGAUCGCUUUUGCUGUGCUCGCAAUCGCCUCAGCCGAGGAGGCGUCGUCAAUUAAAAGUGAGAGUGCACCUCAACAAAACCAGGAACAAAGUGAUGCAGCUGUUAAAUCGAAUAGCAUCGCGGGAGUCGAGGGCUCACAGAAUUUCGGAGGAGCUGAUGCCCAAAGUUUCGGUGGAUUCGGUGAUAUAAAUUAUGGUGCCAUUAGCGGUGGAUUUGAAAAUGCUGAUUUCGGAGCGGUCAAAUCAUCUGAAGGUGGUGCUGCAUCUGCUUCAAGUUCUGGAGCUGGUGAAUCAGGAUCAAGUGAAAAGGUUGAACAAAGUGCUUCCAAAUCGGAAAGUGCCAGCGGUGCCGCCCAAGGAAGUCAAGCCGAAGGUAGAUCAAACUUUGCCUUCGCUAAUGGAAUUGCUCCAAGCGGAUUUGAUGCAAGCUACUUCAGCGCCGGAUUGAACAAUGCCGAUUUUGGUGGUUUGAGUUCAUUUGGAGGUUCCUUCGGAGGUAACUUUGGUGGUCUCGCCAAAUCUGCUGAAGGUGCUGUUGCCGCUGCAGGUGCUGCUGCAUCGAAAUCAGCUGAAGAGAUCAAAUCAGCUGGUGCUACUGUUGCAUCAAAAACCGGAAGCAUUGCUACAGGAUUAAGUGCUCCAAUUUUCAAAGCUAGCAACAUUUUCUCAACUGCUCCCAGCUUCAGCAGCGGAUUAUUCGGCUCAAGUUUGCCUUAUUCCGGACUUAGUAGCCUUAGUAGCCUUCCAUCAUACAAUUCUUUUGGCUCAUUUGGAUCAUUCGGUAGCCCAGUUUUGUCAUCUACUGCUUUCCCAGCCGUGAGUUCCUACCUGUCAGCUUCAGCUGUUCCAAGCAUUGCUCCAUCAGUUUCCAGUUUUGCUCCAGCCAUUUCUACUAUUGCUCCAGCCGUUUCUACUGUUGCUCCAGCUGUAACCACCGCUGCUCCAGAUACCAAAACCGUAACAAACGCUCCAGCCAUAAAUGUUGCUACUGAAGCCGUGACAGUUUCCACUCCAGAAGUGACUGUUCCUACAGCCGUAGGAAAAGCCACUGUUGAUACAGCUGUUGCUAAGACUGGUCUUCCUGCCUUGGCUCCAUUCUCAACCUCAUUCGGUUCUUUCCCUACACUCGCUCCAAGUUACAGCACUGGCUUCGGCUCAUCCUUAUUAAACCCUGCUUUCUCCUAUCCUUCAUUCAACCCAAUUUACUCCUCAACCCUCUCACCAAUCGGAUCACACUUUGGAUCUACCAUCAGUCCUCCACUUUCUGGAAUAAGCAUCGGUGGAAUCCCAUCCCAAAUUUCCAUCGGCGGUUUUAACCCUGCCCUUCCAGCCCAACCUAUUUCCGGAGGAGCUAUUAAUCCCCCACAGUCUGUGCAAGUGUCCCCCGAUGCUAUUUCUGUGUCAGCUCCAGAUGCUGCUGCAUCAGUCCCCACUCCAACAGGAGAACCUGCAGUUGAAGCUAAUUCUGCUAAAGUUGAAGACAACGAGAAAGUAGUUGAAAUCGCUGCUUCCUCUAAAGGAAAAGUAGCCGAAGAAUCUGAAGCUACCGUUUCUGUAAAAUCUUCUGCUGGCAAACCAUCUGUUGAAAUUGCACCAUCAGGUGAACCAGCCCUCAGGACUCCAAUUGCAUCAACUCUCGCCACUCCAACCUUCAACUCAAUCUUUUCCACUUCAUUUCCAUCAGUUGCCCCAUCAAUUUCUUCCCUCUCAGUCGCCAGUCCUUUGGUUCGCUCCUUCUACAAUGGUGGUUCACUUUCCUCAGCUUCACUCAACUCUGGAGUAGAAAGUGGAUUCAACAGUGGAUUCAGGACCGGAUACAACUCUGGACUUAACGCUGGUUUUGCUAGAGGUUUCAAUAGUGGACUUAGGGGCGGAUUUAACAGCGAUGUUAGCAGUGGUAUCAGUAGCGGAAUUAGCUCUGGACUUGACAGUGGUCUUAGCAGCGGACUUAGCACUGGACUUAGCAGUGGACUCACCACUGGAGUUGGCAGUGAUUUAAGUACCGGAUUUGGCACUGAACUCAGCAGCGGACUUAGGUCCGGAAUCAGCAGCGAACUUAGUUCUGGACUUAGCACUGGAUUUAGCACUGGACUUAGCACUGGACUUAGCAGUGGGCUCAGUACUAGUGGGUUGAACGUCAAUGAUGGUUACGGACUUAGCUCCGUCGAUAGUUUGAGCAGCAGUAGCUUCAACUCUCUUAAGAAGCGCUCAUCCUAAAUGUUCUAGUCGAUCUAAUUUUGACGCAUUCGUUAUUGGAAUGUAAUUCGAUAGUAUUUUUUUUGAAUUUUUAUAGUAUGAAACGUAAAAGGUAAUAUUUUUUUGUGCGACUUUAUCACACAAACCGAUUUGAACUCAAUUCAAAAAUGACAAUAAUGUAUCAAAUUCUGACCUACUAUGUAUUCCAUACUUGACUUGGAUUUAUCCGUUACCAAGGAAACAGAAUAUUUUGAAAA